GCUGCCUGCUGCAUAGUCAGUCAUGUGACCAAAAUGUACAGCAUUAACCAAGACCUAUAAAAGCCUGCAGCAACAAGACUGUGGUACGUCCACCGGUCAUCCCUGGUCGUCACAAUGUAUUCCUAUUUAACAUUUUUGUUAGCAAUUGGCUUUGCAGCCUCCAUAUCCUUGCCAACAGGACAAUACAAAUAUGAAUCCCAAAUAUUAACAAGAGCCCCACGGGGGGAUCUCACUGCUGCCGGACUGAGACUUGCUGCUGAUGUUUUAAUCGCUCCUACGAGCAAAGCUGAUUCUUAUUUGGUUCAUUUUAAACAUGUCCAUCUAUCCAGCUUGAAUGGCAUAAAUCCAGCUUCAUCUUGGAGUAAAAUAAUCCAUGAUGAAUACUGGACUCUUCACAAGGACAGUUCCUGUAAAGGUGAUCUUUGUUCACUUACUAAACCUUUCCUCAUUAGAGUCAAGCAAGGUGUAGUCCAGGAUAUUGUUGUUGAAGAGAGUGAACUGAAGUUGUCUGUAAACAUCAAGAAAGGUUUUGCAUGGGAAUACCAGAAGCUCAUGCUCCAAGAAAAUACUGUUUACCAACAAUUGCCAACACACUAUGGUUAUUGUGACCUCAGAACCAUUCUCAAGUCAAAUGCCACUUCUGAGCAAUUUUUGAAACCAAUCAAGAAAAUUCACAUUGCUCCAGUCCGAGAAACUUGUAGACAAUAUCCAACCAAUACUGACAGCAUCAUCAAUGAAGUGAAAUCAACUGCUGAAGUGAUGGAUGGCAAAGUAUAUAACUUAUACACGGUACAAACUGUUCAGCUGAGAAUUAGCAAGAUGGAUAAGACUGAGUUUAUCACUCAAGUGAAUCAAACCAUCUCUUAUCAAGGAAAUGAGACUACAGAACUACCCCCAGUCAAAGCUACCAUUCCAAUUAAAUUGGUACCUACUGUUGAUGACGAUAAAAUUGGAGGAGAUAAAUUUGUUCAAAAAGUAUUUGACCUUCUGUUGUCUUUCACCCAAAACCUGACAAGUGAUCAUGGAAAAAAAUCACUCGAUCUGUUACAUCUUCUCAGAGUUGCUGAUAAGAUUUCCUUGAUGAAACUUUAUACUUUAGUCAAACUACAACCCAAGAACUGGACCACUUUGUAUUCUUUCCUGUCUAUCGCUGAAUCUUGUGAAGCUAAUGAGAUUCUCUUCUUGGCUAUGGAAGAAAAGGCCAUUUCCCUUGUUGUCCUGCCAGAAGUUCUUGAGAAACAAUACCGAAAUACCAAACGUUGCUCUGACCUGGUUUCUAGACUGAAGAAAAUCAUUGACAGCAAAAUCUGGGAUGAAGAAAUGACCGACAAAGCUUAUAUGGUUCUGAGUUCUCUUACCACUAGAUACCCUGAGUACAUUCCUGAAGUCUGGCCAAUUAUUGAAGAAUUGAUGUCAACCAAACCUGAUUUGGCUCUGAAGAUGGCUGGAAAUCUUGGACAUGUCAUGAGACUGUUCCCACAGGUUCAAACCCGUGAACUGAAGAUUUUGACCCUGGAGACACUGAGACAUUCAAAUGAAUCUGAUGUUCCAAAAGCUUUGAUUGAGAGCUUCAAGAUGUAUGCAAAUUGUACCGAACAUGAAGAAAUCCGUAUGUUGGCUCUGAAAACGUACCUCUACCUGUCCCCACUCAAUGAAUCAUGGGCUGAUAUUAAAGUUGUCCAAAAGAAAAACUGUUCUUGGAACAUUCGUUCCUACAUUGAGGACAUCUUAACAAUUACAGCUAACAGAAACUUCCCAACUGAGAAACCAAUGGCCAAAAAAGCUUGUGAUCUGAAAAAUAUGCUUACCUUAUUAACUCCAGAAAGAAGCUUAUUGAACAUCAACGUUUCCAGAGCUUACAGUUUACCAUUUUACUGUGAGAAGUCCAACAUGGGUGUAGCUCUCCAAGCUGAACUCAUCCACUCCAGCAAUGUUACUGACCUUCCUGAAGAUCGUAUUUCCAUCAUAAUAUUGAAGAUUGAUACCUUUGGUCUUGGCAGGAAGAUGGAGCCACUUGAGAUUCAACUGAUGUUGCCAACUGAAGUCCUCAAGAGAAUUGUUCAGUUACCCAGCGAGAGCUGGAAACCUGAAAUGCUGGAGGAGGUUUAUAACAUUCUUUCUGAGAUUGAAAUCAGAAUUUUCAUUCAAAACGUAGAAUAUACUUCUCUUCCAAAUGUACAAGAAGCAGUGAGACGAGUUUAUGAGAGAUAUUUGGCCCUUCAACAAUCUGGCAUCAACCAGGUUGCAGUUCCACUCAAUGCUGUAUACAGACUGCCAACUUCACUUGGUGUUACUCUCAGGAAACAACUCACCGUUUUUGUCAUUGCUAGAGCUUAUCCUUCAUUGUUGGUCGAUACAGUACAACGUGUUUUGGAAUCAUUGCCAAUUGUUCUGACAAGUGCUGAAAUCAAAGUCUCUGUAGAAAAUGCUUACAUGAGUUUGAAAACAGGAUCACGCAUUGAUGCUUGGAGUGAUCUAAGAAUCUUGGACACACAUCUUUCAGUAACUGAAAAUCGUAUUCGUAUUGUGAAGAAGCUUUCCCGUUGGGAGGACAAAUCCAUCUUCUAUGCCAGUGUAACUCCAAUUGCAAGCAUCCAGGUGUUCAGACCAUCAGGAUAUUUCAUUGCUUUCAACUCUCUUUCUGUUCAAACACCUGCAAAACGCAAUUAUAUCAAGAGUCUUGUUGGUCUGAAGAGACCAGAAAUUCUUCUGGAAACAACUGGAUACGUUGAAGCUGAAUCCAUUGUGAAACCAUGGACCACUCUCUUCAGGGAACAAUAUCUGAUGGUAGAUAUGCGUUUAAAGAAAGGAAGCGAUGAAGAUUUAAUCAUUGACAUGCAAAGAAUACCAGAUUAUGUAAAAGCCAAGAAAUUAGGUGAACAACGCCUCUCCAAAACCUUGAACAUCUCAGUUAGCAGAGGAUUGGAAGUGUCAAAAGUCUUGAUCCAUUUGUCUAAAGAAAAGAAUUUGAUCGUCAGAAUUAUUUCCAAUGUUUCCUUAGUUCCUUCAACAGAUGUUGGAAUUUCGGAUGCCAAGUUUGAAAUUGAGGUUCCAUCAAAAAUUGAACCAGAAUGUAUUUUGAACAAGAAUUACUUAGUUGGCCAACUUGCACAGAAACCCUGGACUUCUCUGUUCAGUCAGUUCACUUGCAAUCAAACGAAAUAUCCUCGCUCCUAUGGAAGACUCCUAGAUAUCAUUGGCUGGGCAGUUUCAAAUGAAGAGAUGUCGCUGAACUACGACAAUAUGUUUAGUGAAAUCAUGCUAACAUAUAACUUUGAAGACACACUCCAAUGGCCAUCACUUUAUGAAUUGGUUAAAUCAGUGAAUAUUUUGUCAGAGAAAGUCAAGCAAUUGAAGGUGACCAUCACUCCUAAUUGUUCUGAUGAACAAAAACAGGCUGUCGUUUUAAUCUUGCAAGAAUUGAGGAAAACGAAAACUGCAAUUGAACAACUACUGAAAGAACCUGUUCAGGAAGGUCUCUUAAUAGAGUUACUGAUGAGAAGAGAAGUGGUCGUUAACUGGGUGUUACAGAAAUAUGCUGGUUUAUUGUUCCACAUUUCCAUGAAAGUUAACAGAACUCAAGACCUUUUGGAUCAAACUCUGCAGGAUUAUUCCAAAUUUGUUACUGAAACCAUUCCAGUAUGGCAGGACAACAGUAAGCGUUACAGCAGUGUCAUCCAAAAGGCAUCAGAAGCUGUCUCUGCUGACUUGCAGAAUCUAGUCCAAGAAACUACUGAUUACAUGGAAUCAAGCUUUAGAAUCAUGACCGAUGCUACCAAUGUUGACCAGGUUGAAUCUUUGUACAAAGUCUUGAUAAAAAAGAUGACUGAAAUUACACAAUUGAUCCAAUUAAGAAGUCUUGGCAAUAAAGUAAACCCCUACCUCUGGAUCAGAAGUCAGAGUAUUGUUGUUCUUCAAAAUGUAGCCGACAUCAGCGUCUAUCUCUUGAAUCAACAACCCCUCAUGGAACCUCCUCUCAAGAUGUUCGUACCAGCAGAAGUAAGACCUUCAGACUGUACUUUACAACAUUGUACUUAGAGAAAUUAGGGAAUGGAACAAGGUACAUUCAAAA